AUGGGCUCCAUUCUAAGUGUGAGUAGUGCUAAGUCUAUGGAUCGACAUGAGUCAUCUGGGACAGAUCCUAAUAAGAGGGUGAAGGUAUCUACUUAUGAGUAUGGGACGAACCCGAGGAUCCUUCCAACACUUCCCGAUGAGCUCUCAUUCCAAAUUCUGGCAAGAUUACCACGGAUUCAUUACCUCAACUUGAAGAUGGUUUGCAGAGCUUGGAAGGCAGCAAUCACCAGCCAUGAACUUUCCCAGCUGAGGAGAGAGCUUCGUGUAAAUGAAGAAUGGUUGUAUGUACUGACCAAAGUCGAGGCAAAUAAGCUCGAUUGGUAUGGCCUUGAUCCAUUGUUUCAGAAAUGGCAGAGGUUGCCACCGAUGCCUUCUUUCGUCAAUGAGGAAUCCACUAGGACUGGAUCUUCUGGGUUCCGGAUGUGGAAUGUUGUGGGCUCAAGCAUUAGGAUUGCUGAUUUCGUGAGGGGCUGGUUCUGGCGCAGGAAUGGUUUGGACCAGAUGCCCUUUUGUGGUUGCUCAGUGGGUGUUGCUGAUGGUUACUUGUAUGUUGUUGGGGGCUUUUCCAAAGCUGUUGCCCUGAACUGUGUAUGGAGAUAUGACCCUUUUCUCAACUUGUGGGAGGAAGUAAGCCCAAUGAUGGCUGGGCGGGCUUUCUGCAAGGCAACAUUUUUGAAUGGCAAGUUGUAUGUAGUUGGUGGAGUCAGUAAGGGUCGGAAUGGCUUGCUUCCUCUGCGUUCAGCUGAGGUGUUUGAUCCAAAAACUGGACUGUGGAGUGAGCUACCAGAAAUGCCUUUUGCGAAAGCACAGGUACUCCCCACAGCUUUCUUGGCUGAUGUGCUGAAGCCUAUCGCCACAGGAAUGGCACCAUACAAGGGUAAACUGUACGUUCCUCAGAGCUUGUACUCAUGGCCAUUCUUUUUUGACAUUGGAGGUGAGAUCUAUGACCCGGAACUGAAUUCUUGGUCAGCGAUGCCAGAUGGUCUCGGCGAUGGAUGGCCAGCAAGGCAGGCAGGCACAAAGCUCGGUGUCGUGAUCGAUGACAAACUUUAUACCUUGGAGCCUUCUACCUCUUUGGAUAGUGGCCACAUAAAAAGAUACAACUCUGAAGAAGACACAUGGGUAACUAUCGCCCCACAGGUUCCGGUUAACGAUUUCACUGAUGCAGAGGCUCCAUAUUUACUUGCUGGCCUCCAUGGAAGGCUGCACGUUAUAACAAAGGCGGCGAACAAUACUCUCCAGGUUAUGCAUGCUGUGGUGCAGAAUAACACAGGCAGCGGGGCAUCAGAAGAAAACGUGUUAUGGAACACAGUGGCUUCCAGGAACUUUGGGACGGCUGAGCUUGUGAGCUGCCAGGUUCUUGAUGUUUAA